GCUGUAUUCACGAAAAGCUGUCUUCAAAACACACACACACACACAAAUUUAAUUAAACACGUGAUCUAAUUCGACAUCUUCAUCAAGAUAAAAAGAAGAAGAUAACAUUCAAGAGGUGUGCAUCACUGACUCCAUUUCCUUCCUUUGUUAACACACACUCAUCCAUUUUCUUAUUGUGUAGUCAGUGCCUGAAGGACAAAGACAACAACAUCAAGGACUGGUAUGUUUGCCUGAGACAUCUUGUCAAUCUGCAACCAGUUCAAGCUUGAAGUUAUUCAAACCGAGGAGAACAACAUGACUUCUCAGAACCAGACAUCUAUGAACUUAUUCAGUGUAAUGAAGCCUGUGACCAAGGAGCCUAAAGGUACACAGAUGACAAUCUUCUAUGCUGGGCAAGUUUAUGUGUUUGAUGAUUUUUCUGCUGACAGAGCCAAGGAGAUCAUGUCCUUGGCCACCAAAGGAAAAAACACUGAAAGCCAGAACAACUACCCUAAUAAGGGAAUUCAGAGACACCCUUCAUUUCCUGCUAGUUCUAGCAGGCCAUUUCCUUUUCAUGUGAAUAAUAUCAUGCCUAGCACUGCUAGCAAUUUGAUCCAAGAGCAAUCUCAAGCACCACCCACACCUAUUGUUGUUGAUCUUCCAAUGACUAGGAAAGCUUCACUUUACCGAUUCUUGGAGAAAAGGAAAGAUAGAAUUGCUGCCAGAGCACCAUACCAAGCAAGCAGUCCCAUGGCAAAAGCUAAUAAGACUGCUGAUGAAUCCAUGUCAUGGCUGGGUUUGGCACCUAAAUCACCACAAGACAAAUCUGAGAGUAGCUCCAGCUCUGUGUUAUUUUAAUAAUUCUUUGUUAGAGGGACUGGACCACUCUAUAUUUAUGUAUGAUGUAGCUCAGGCUUAUCAUUACCAUAAUUAAAAGCAAAGUUCUUUUGUGUUAGCUUAA